GGUCCAGUAGUAACGGAUAAUGGAAAUUUCAUCCUGGAUUGGAUUUUUGAUGGAAAAUUUGACUGGAAGGAUGUUGAUCGGCAGAUUAUGAUGAUUCCAGGUGUUGUUGAGACUGGUUUGUUUGUCAACAUGGCCACAGUUGCAUAUUUUGGCAUGGAAGAUGGAUCAGUGAAGGAACGUCAAGUGUGA